AGGUACCUGAAAUAGCAGUUCUCGUAGUAGUACAGUAUCCGUGCGUUAGAAUCCGUCGUUAGUAGAACAGUAUCCGUUUUUUCCUCGUAGUAGUACAGUACCUGAAAUAGCAGUUCUCGUAGGGCUUCCGUGCGUUAGAAUGUCUCUCAAAGUAAGUCCACCACGCCUGUCUCAUUUGCUAUUGGGUAAUCAGCAAGAAAAGCUCAUGUCAUCUAGUGCAGCGUGGAGCACCUACAACUCAGUCUGUAGUAGAGUAGGGUUACGAUCGUGUACGAGAUCAGCAUGCAGCUCAUCCCCGGCGACUAUACCACAACAGCGGACCGGGUUACGAGGGUUUACUUCUAGCCAAGCGAGCGCGAGUCUCCUCCUCCGACCGUCUGCUCCACAACGGCUCUACAACGAGCAGAUGCUGCACCCUUCGAGGCCGAUUAUGAACAAACGGACACGUCGCUUGUGGAGGAGGUCAAAAUGUAGGGAAAGUUAGGGGAUAUUAUGGCUCCCUAAUUUCCCCUAAUUUUCCCUAUGUGGGAGGUUUAUGCGAGUCCGUUUGUUUCUAAUCCGAAUCUUGAAGUCUCCAGAACACGCAUAGUAGGCCAUCGUGGCUCUCUUCUUGGAUUACAUGGCACUAGGAGAAAGGACAAAUCCUUGUCUGAGAAGUUGAGAAGGCUUGCAGAGUAUCUUGCUUCGGACGCAAGCAAUGACCUGUGGAAAGCACCGACAGCAUUCCUGUCUGCAGCGAGAAUGAAAAGAAGAAGCACAACAACUUCGACAGAUGUAGGCGCAGCAUGUGUGAAUGUCAGUGGAAAUUCAGCAAGUAACGAUGCAAAUGCAGUGAGAAAUGUUACAGGGAAAGCUGCAUCCGUAGCAGCCCAAGACACCGAGCAAGUGGAGAACGCAAUGGCGAAUUCAGCAAUGAGAGGACGAGGAGGCAUGUGGAAGCCAGUUUUGUGGCUUUUGAUGGCAAUGGGUUGGACAGUGAGCACGAUCUGGUAGUAUGGCUUCCGCUUCUAUUCUAAUACUUCGAGAUGAAUAAUAGGUAAUUCAGUUGUACUUUUUAAGUUAGAAGUAUAACUCACAGUAAUUAAGUAUUAUGGGUACUCAGACUCACUUAAUGAGUUCUUCUACAUUUUUUACUUCAAGAGCAUAAGGAUGAUAUUUUUUAUGGGAAUAUUGCUAGCUGCAAGGGGUUUUUGAUAUAAUUAUCUCGCAUAUUGGAGUCAUCAGUUGACGAUUCCCACCUGAUUAAAACCGUGAGUACUAGAUGAGAAGCGUUCAUUCCCCUGCCUUUUCGUUCGAAGAGUGGGGACGCGAAGCGCAGUACGCGGCCGUACCUAUGGACAUCAAGCGACAGAAGCAGAGGCUAUGCACACAACUGACGUCGUCGUGCUUGGCGAUGCAGGCUACUGGAGUUGAAGUAGUCAAUUGGUGUAAACAAUGUUUGGCAGCUUGGACGGAUUGAGAAGGGUUUUGCAUUUUUGUGGUCUUCUGAAUUCUAAAUUGAGGACAGAGAUUUGAACUGGAAUUGAAACGCACAACUUUAAUAUAUCCUAAAAACAACGCUGUCGUGAAAAAUUCGUAUAUAAGCCAUCGCCUUACUGCUGGGUGAGACCAUUACCACCAUCUUAGAUGCGUG